UCGGAGGUGAAGCACACAGCGAGCAGAGUGACAAAGUUCACUUCCAGAGCAUUUUUAUGUUCCAAAGCAUAGUGGCGAUCAUUUGCGGUAUUGGAUCGACGCCAUGGCUCAGUUUCGUCGUGUUUCUGGCUCUGUUGGGUUGAUAACGCUGCAAAAUCCGCCAGUCAACGCACUCAGUGCGGCGGUGAGACGGGAGAUUGUUGACGCAGUGAAGAGAGCAAUCAGUGACUCAGAUGUGAAAGCCGUCGUCAUCUGUGGCCAGAAUGGAAAAUUCUGUGGCGGUGCAGAUAUCAGGGAGUUUGGAAAGGUAAUGUCUGGGCCUUCAAUAAUCGAGAUAAUACAUGCAUUGGAGGCUGGAGAGAAGCCGGUGGUGGCUGCCGUCGAGGGAGUUGCUUUAGGCGGUGGCCUUGAGUUAGCGCUUGGCUGUCAUUAUCGUAUCGCACACAACCAGGCACGAUUGGGGCUUCCAGAGGUGACUUUGGGCCUGCUACCAGCUGCUGGGGGCUCCCAGCGUCUGCCCCGGCUCAUCGGGGUCCCAGCUGCCUUAGAUCUCAUCACCACAGGUCGCCAUGUGACCGCUGCAGAGGCGCUGAAACUCGGAAUCGUGGAUCAGGUUACUGAUCAAAACACUGUGGACACAGCUUUGAAGUUUGCCCUGAGUGUUGUUGGGCAGUCUCUGGCUGGCCGUCGUCUCAGCACCUGUCCGUGCCCAGGUGUCUCAGAUUUGGAAACUUUUUUUGAAGCUGCAAUUCACAAAGUGCGUCAGAGUGCCCAUGGUGCCAUCGCGCCAGUAGCGUGUGUCCAGGCGGUGCGUGCAGCUGCCACCCUGCCGUACACUCAGGGUAUGGCGCGGGAGAAGGAGCUGAUGGCCACACUCUUCACCUCCGGCCAGGCCCGUGCUCUGCAGUACGCUUUCUUUGCCGAGAGAGCUGUUGCUAAGUGGAGUUUGCCCAACGGAGUCCGGUGGGAUUCAAGCGAGCCCUUGCCUGUCCGUAAAGCAGCUGUCAUUGGUCUUGGAACAAUGGGGAGAGGCAUAACUGUGGCCCUGGCUCAGACAGGGUUGCCUGUCAUUGCCGUGGAGACCCAGAAGAAGCAGAUGAUGGAAGCAAAGCAGACGGUGUGGAGCAUGUUGACGCGCGGAGCUCAGAGACGCGGGGUUGCUCCUGCACUCAACCUGGUCAGUUACAGCCAGGACCUCCAAGCUGCAGCACAGGCCGACCUGGUUAUCGAGGCUGUGUUUGAGGACAUGGCCUUAAAGAAGAAGGUCUUCCAGCAGCUGUCAGCUGUAUGUAAACCGAGUGCUAUGCUGUGCACCAAUACUUCGACACUAGACAUAGAUCAACUGGCCUCUCAAACGCGUAACCCAGAGAUGGUUGUAGGCAUGCAUUUCUUUGCCCCAGCCCAUGUCAUGAAGCUUUUGGAGGUGGUCUAUGGCCCACGGUCAUCCCCACGAGUCAUUGCCACAGCCAUGCAAUUAGGUAAGAAAAUGGGUAAAGUAAGUGUGGCUGUUGGCAACUGCUGGGGCUUUGUGGGAAACCGCAUGCUGAAGCCGUACAAGGGGCAGUCUUUAUUCCUGGUAGAGGAGGGUGCUACGCCAGAGUUGGUAGAUCGAGCACUGGAGGAGUUUGGUUUUAGCAUGGGUAUAUUCAGAGUUUCUGACCUCUCUGGGCUGGAUGUGGGCUGGAAAACUAGGAAGGAAGAAGGGCUGACAGGCCCUGCAGUACCAUCUGGGCAGCCAGCUAGAAUCCGGCAAGGCCAAAGGUACAGCCCCUUGAGUGAUUUACUUUGUGAGAAGGGAAGGUUUGGUCAGAAAACAGGCCAAGGCUGGUACCAGUAUGACAAACCCGGUGGUCGAGUUGCCAAGCCGGACCCUUGGCUGCACAGAUUUCUGGAGGAAUAUCGUGCCCAACAUGGCCUGGUGACUCGUCGUAUAGACCACCAAGAAGUAGUGGAGCGCUGCCUCUUUUCUAUGAUCAAUGAAGGUUUUCGUAUCCUGGACGAUGGAAUAGCUUCAGGGCCUGAGGAUAUAGAUGUCAUAUAUGUAUCUGGUUAUGGCUGGCCCAGACACCGUGGUGGUCCUAUGUUCUAUGCCAGCAUGGUGGGUCUGGCUAAGGUUCUAGAGAGGCUGGAUUAUUACCACAAGGCUCACCCUGAUGUACCACACCUGCAGCCCUGCAGCUUACUCAGGAGGCUGGUGGCCAGUGGCAGCCCACCGAUCCACAAGUGGAGGGAUGACAUCAAGAAACUUCGCAGUCAUCUUUAAAUCUCAAAAAAUUCAAGUUCAGCCUGUUGCUAAUCAUUGCAAAUGAUGAUCUCAUACUUUAACAAAGUUAAUUUAUUAUGUGAUGUUGAUUUUGGCGCUUUCUUCAGUACACCUGAAAAGUCAAACUCAAAACAGUUCGAUAAUGAGAGUAUUGAAAUCUACCAAAGUCCAUAACCAUAUUAGAGUGCAGGAGUGAGGGCUGUUACUGUCAUUGAUUUUCUAUAUAUGUGCUUUCUCCAGUCAAGGGUCAUGGGGUGGGGGGACAGAGGUGGGGGGUUGCUGGAACCUAUCACAGCAGUCAUAGGGCAAGAGGUGUGAUACACCCUGGACAGAAUGCCAAGCUAUCCCAGGGUGGUAUUGUUUCACUACCAAAUUAAAAAAAGACACAAGCAUCAGUUUGAGAUUAUAAAGAUAUAAUAA